UGUAAACAUGGUCAAAAUCACGCGGUAGUUACCAAUAUAUGCCGAUUAGAGAAGUUCUUAUUUGAUUGUGACGUCACAUUUGUCUUGUGACUUGGAAAAUUAAUAAAAGUGCCAGUAGAAUUAUGUCCGUAUGUCAAUAGCGACUUCUGGCCAGAAUGUCUACGGAGAAAGAAACGCUUCAAACACGUCAACACAACCCUGCUGUCCCUGGGUCAAACCAACAAGGGACGCAACCCUUACCAGGCUACCAACAGCCACAUAACUCCUAUCAACACAACCCUGCAGGCCCUGGGACAAACCAACAAGGGACGCAACCCUUACCAGGCUACCAACAGCCACAUACCUCCUAUCAACACAACCCUGCAGGCCCUGGGACAAACCAACAAGGGACGCAACCCUUACCAGGCUACCAACAGCCACAUACCUCCUAUCCACAAACCCAGCCACAGUACACAAACUCUCAACUUCCAACGUACACACAACCACCAAACCCGUCAGUGACGUCACAAUCACAGCAGCCUCCAAUAAUCUAUGUAGGGUAUAACACCAACCAUCCCGUCACAUUUACACCGGCCCCAGUCCCAAAGCGAUCAUUAUUGGAGGCGUACCUUUUGACACUUCUUCUAGGGUUCACUGGAGCGCAGCAUUUCUACCUGAGGCGUCCUGAAUGGGGUGUCGUGUACUUGUUCAGUCUUGGAUUUCUGGGAUGUGGGUGGGUGAUCGAUCUGUUCAGGCUUCCUCUGUUGGUGUCUCGCUGUAACAAACAAGCGUCACAUCCGGAGACAAGCGAGAAGAAAAAGAAAAACCUGGAUGACGCUUAUGUAUGUUGGCUACCGGCCGGAUUUUUGGGACUUCAUCACUUUUAUUUGAACAACAUCGGACUUGGCGUUGUUUACUUCUUCACAUUGGGACUUUUCGGCGUCGGUUGGGUUGCUGAUGCUUUCUUAAUGCCGUACCACGUUAAAAAAGCAAACUUCGACAUCCCAGAUGAUUCCAGAGAGAAAAGCACAGCCACCACGUGCAUAUUAGCCAUUUCCCCUGCAGGGAUCCUCGGUGCUCACCAUUAUUACCUCAAUAGAAUUGGUUUUGGAAUCGCCUACACGCUUACUUUCGGACUUCUCGGUGUUGGAUACAUUGUCGAUUGGUGUCGUUUCCCAUUAUUAGUUCAAAGAUACAACAAGAGUAAAAGAAAGGGUUUUAUUUCCCACAAACAUUUAGAUGACGCUUAUCUUCUGUGGUUUCCUCUCGGGUUUCUUGGACUUCAUCACUUCUACCUGAACAGACCGGGCUGGGGCUGCCUUUAUUUUUUUACUUUCGGUUUGUUUGGGCUUGGCUGGAUUAUCGACGGAUGUCGACUCUGCUCCCUGGUUACGGAAUGUAACAGACAGAUAGACGAACAGGUGCUUCUCAACAGCAAUAACCAGGGAAUUUCUAAUCCUAACUUUGUAACCGGAAGUGUUGGAUCGCAACAAUGGCCGCCAGCAGCUGGAGGUCACGUGGGCUCUAAUUAUACUUAUACGUCAAUACCGUAUCCACCAGGAUAUACCGCCAAUUAUCCCGUCCAACCAGGGCUUUAUCCAACAGGACCAGCACAGCAUAACGGAUAUGGAUCUACUUCCGGUGUUGGCGAUCAACCGCCUCCUUAUGAAGCUGGACCGCUGCCAACUAAGGACCGAUAACUCUCUUAAAACACAGUGUGUAUCACUUUACCAAUGAAUUCUUAUAAAUAUGUCCUCAUUUCACAAGGACCUGUAUCAAUUACCUGUCUAACUAGACUGAAUCAAUGUGUGUACAGUUUUGACCAAAGUUGAUUACUUCGCCUUAGAUUCAUAUCCUAGUGGUUUGGUAAAUAGGUGAAGCAAAGCAAGAAAUCAAAAUGAAAAGAAAUAUUUCAUUGAUUAGAAUUUCAAAUGAAUAUGUUCCCUGUACUGUUUGCAUAAUUAUGUGAUCUUUAAAACAUAUCACUUUGUUAUAUUGUUUUAUAUUUUGUAUGGAAUAAAAGAAAU